UUAAUAUUAUUAUUGGUUUAUGCUGAUUGCUGGAUUAAUUAAAAUAUCCAUCAAGCGUGACCAGCAGGGACAUGAAAAGCCACGAUGUCAGUAUACUUAUGAUGACUGUAACUCUAGCAUACAGUGCCCCUAUUGAAUACGAGUAUGUCUCCAUCGAAGUCACCCCAAGUAAACCGGUCGAGAGACAAAAUGGCGACGCCAAUUCGGGAAUCUGCUGCCAAUCUGGCUCCCAGAGUUGUUGCCCGUACGACUACGACGACUCGUGUGAGACUGCAAGCAACAGAACCUUAUGCGGUUACAAUAAAAACCAAAAAAAAUCUGAUGAAAUGGCAAGUGUAACCAUAUACGGUCUUCCUUGUCGAGUAAACGAUGAUCGUCUCGAGUGUGGAUAUAACGGGCCUUAUAUAAUACCCGAUCAAAGACCAAUUUUUGUAAAUAAAAUUCUUGCAAACAACCCGGACUGCUGCAGUUGUUGUAACCAAGAAACUACUGAAGAAGUAACCAGCGAAGCAACAACAAUUAACCCAGACUGCUGCAACUGUUGUAACCAAGAAACAACUAAAGAAGUAACUAGCGAAGCAACAACAAGUAACCCAGACUGCUGCAACUGUUGUAACCAAGAAACAACUAAAGAAGUAACUAUUAGCGAAGCAACAACAAGUAACCCAGACUGCUGCAACUGUUGUAACCAAGAAACAACUAAAGAAGUGGAAACAACUAAGGCUUCUGUAGCUACUACCAAAGCCAGAGUUGAAACUACAACAUCCACCACUACCACCACUAGCACCACUACCACUACUAGCACCACUACCACUACUACCACCACUACCCCAAAACCUGCCACUACCACCACCAAAUAUGAAAUAACUACCAAGUACAAGAAGUUGGCUUCUAAAUCGACCAAGUUGAUCAUUACAACGACCAAUCAUCCACCGACAACAGCGACAACGACCAAUCAGCCAGCGACAGCAUGCGUGACCGUGGAGGACAGAUGUGUCAUCAUUUAUGACAGUCCUUGCAUACCGGAAUCACCUUGUCAGCAAGAUUUGGGUGAUGAUAGCCGCGAAUAAGAAGCAAGCAUUGACGUUUAUUAACUAGG